AAAGUAGUAAAGAAUCUCGAUUGAUAUCCACGACGAUCAAAGUGAGGUUAGGUUCCUCUUCUUCUCCUUUUUUCUCUCUCCUCUUUUCUCUCUCUCUCCCCCUCAACGAUUGAUCUUGGAUUGGAGGGACAAGCUUUGUUUUGCAAAAAGAAAAUUCCAGAGAUGUCAAGUGGAACAGUGAGAAGGGUCUCACGUCAAGACAUACAACUGGUUCAAAACCUUAUAGAACGAUGUCUUCAGCUUUACAUGAACCAGAAAGAAGUUGUGGAAACUUUACUGGAGCAGGCUAAAAUCGAGCCUGGGUUCACAGAGCUAGUUUGGCAGAAGCUUGAAGAAGAGAACCGCGAAUUUUUCAACGCGUACUAUCUGAGGCUCAUGGUGAAACACCAGAUCAUGGAAUUCAACAAGCUACUCGAGCAGCAGGUUCGCCAUAUGCAGCAGAUGCAUCCAAGUGCACUUACCUCCGUCCAGAAUACAAAUGGUUCUCACAUCCAAUCAAUGAAUCAGAAGCAGUUGGGAUAUGCCUCUGAACACACUGAUCAUCAAUCAUUGAAGCCUAAUGCACAUCAUCCCAUGCCUUCGAGUCUGUCUAACGCAUACCUCAACGGCUCUUCAACGCUCAACACAAACGUGUCCCCUUCUGUGAACGUAUCAACCCACGCUAGGAGAGCUGACGCUUCUCCGAAUAUGAUCUCAUCACAACAGACCACAAACAUGCCGCCUAUGAUGCAAGGCAUGAAUGGAGGAGGAGGAGGGAUGAUCAAGUCCGAGACUGCCUAUCCUGCUUCGUUCAUGUAUGGUGGUGAACGGAACAAUGCCUUGGAAGGACACUCCACAGUUAGAGAAACCUCGAUUCCAUCUUUCAGUAACGAGUCCAACAACAACCAGCCCAUUGGUGAUACGCUACUUGAUGCGGAAGCUUCUACUUUUGGGUUCUUAGGAUCAAUUCCUAGGAACUUCAGCCUUUCUGAUUUGACUGCUGAUUUUUCACAGAGCUCAGAGAUUCUGGAGAGCUAUGAUAAAUCACCCUUCCUUGCGCCAGAUGCUGAAAAUUUCCUGGACUCCUGUGACAGGGGAGAAUAUCAAGGAGACAACAAGAGAUUGGAUACCAUAUCUGAAGGUUUCAGUUACGAUAACCUCGGGAGCGAGUAGUUAGGUAACAGCUAUGCAGGUUUUGCUUUCAUCACUUAUAACAUAGGAAACAUUUGUGUACAAAAAGAUUCAGGCUUUUGAUAUUUUGUUUUUGGCUUGCAAGGACUAUUGGGUGGGGGUGUAUAAAAAGGGAUUUAUUUCCAUUUCACUUUAUUUCUUUAGCUUGAAGUUUGGUAGUAGUAAUAAGUGUUGAGAAGAUCGUAUGUAAUUCUCAGUGUGUGUUUUUCUUGUGUGUGUUUUAGUUUUGUUACUUGUUACUUGUUACAAUUGUUUAAUAGUACUUGAAAUUUGGUGGAA